AAACAACUGGAUAGGGCGAAAAAGCGGAGUGAAAAUAAGCUGAUUAUUCUUGACUUCUACAACGAUCGGUGUGGGCCUUGCAAAAGUAUAGCUCCAGUCUAUGAACGUCUGGCUGCGGAAUACAGGGACGUCGUGUUUCUCAAAGUGAACGGAGAUAAAACCAGAGAUGUUUCAACAAUAUUCGAUUUCUACCAUUACCCAACAUUUAUCUUCUUGAAAAAUGGGCGGGAAGUGGACUCAUUCACUGGAGCCAGAGAAGACGUUUUACGUUCCAAAAUCAACCAGUACAAAUGA